AUGGAAAAUCUGAAGAGAACAAAAAGAACGGAAACACAAAAUAAGACAUUUAGAAUGUACCUGAAGCUAAAGGAGAUGCCUCAAGGGUCUUGUGUCGAUGAAGACGUUCUGCAGCAUCUGGUGAGAAAUAUGGAGCUGAGAAAAGAGGUUUUAGACACAUUGCUUGGCGUGAUUGAAGUUCUGAGGAUAAAUGCCCCAAGAUGCUUUUUGAGUAAAGAGGAAAAACGUAGGUUCUUCAAGUUGCUUAUAGAAGUGCUUCCAAAGGAAAAAAUAAACCUGGAAACUUUCAUCACAUACAGAAUCCCCAGUCUUCUGACGGAUAAAGACUUGAUUUCCAAGCUAAGUGGAUUGAUAGGUGUAGUCAGUGGAACUGCAAAGAAGUAUUUGAAAGAGAUUAUUAUCAUACUGAUAGAAGAAGGGACUGAAGACACAACAAGAGAAGUAAUCCGUUCUGUGCUUCUCCAUAUACCAAAGGAUCCAGAAAUUAGUAGUAUAAUUGAGGUUACGAAAGAGAUAUCGAUGCCGGCUGUUGCUCUAAUUAUGGAAAACUUUGAAGAUAAAGUUUAUGCAGAUGUAUAUUCAAACCUUAGCUUUAGGGAGCACUUGUGUGUAAGGAACAUAAGGGGACAAGGGAAGUUGAAGUAUUUAACUGCAGCAAUGACGGAGGAGAACUUUGAGAAGCUUUGUAACUUUUACAUUGGAGAUAAAGACAAGAGAGUAAUUAAGAUUUUAGCCGAAAAUUGCAGUCCAAAACACGAUGAAAUAUUUCAUAAAAUCCUUUCUAAUUGUAACGAAGAUAUCCGUGCAACGUUACUAGAGAAAACAAGCUUUAAAGAUAUUAUCGAAUACUCUUUGGAUAUCUAUGAGAGAAUUCUUGACACAAGUCACAAAGUCAGGGCCGUAGCCUUCAAUAUAUUUAGGUCUGGAAUGGAUCUUUGCAGAAAUUUGUUGUUGGAAAUUGUAGAAAGCUCCGAGGAAAAUCAAAAGAAUUACACAAAGGCUGGUAGUGAAAGAGAGUGCCUGCUAAGAUUAAUAGAGUUUAUUCUCAGGGGAGUUUUUACCAGCCAAAGAAAGGAAUAUAUUGAUCUCCUAAACGAAUUUGAUCUACCCUGGGAGUUCUAUUUUCGUAUCAAAUCUUUUAAAGGAACAGAUGUCUUUUUGGAGCAGAGCUUGGAGAAGAUAAAAAAAGAGAAGGGGGAACCUCCUGAGUGUAGAGAGAAGAGAAGGUUCUAUCUAAAAUAUUUUUUCUGCGGAGAACUUUCCAAGCAAAAAAUCAACGAGCUUAUAAGGACGGAUAUCCAAUCAGCUUUGGUAUAUCUUCAAGGAAAAGAUAUAAAAGAAUACAGAGACUUAUUGGUUGGGAGAGCAUUAGCUAACAACAGUACAGAGGAAGUGUUAAUGAUAGUAGAUAUGAUAAAGGCCCAUCUGAAAGACCAAGUCUGGCCAUCAUGCCCGAAAUCCGAUGCAGAGCUUCUGGUGUAUGCACAUUCCAAGCAUUCAUCAAUUUUUGUUAGACAGGUCUUAGACUUUGAUGUCACCUUUCCGAUGCUUUAUUUCCUCUCUUACAUGAGGAUACCAGUAGAUGUGCUUCUUCCCUUACUUUUGAAAUACAAGGGCAGCAGCAAGGAACACGUUGAAAUUCAGCUCGGAUACAAUGAUAAAAGACUAUUACAGGAGUUUAUUGAAUACUUCAUGGAGAUAAGCCUGGACGAAGACUCCAAGAUAAAGCUUGUAAGGAGUAGGACAUUCGUUGGAUCGAUGAUAUACUUUGUCAACACCGGAUAUGUGAACAUAAAGAACAUAGACUUCUUUAUCUCCUCUAUCUACUUCAUAUGCACGAGUUCUAAUAAUGAGGCCAAAGUCAAGCACAUCUACGAAAUCUAUUCAAUGAAGGUGGACCAAGGCACAUUCAAUAGAUUCUACACAGUAUGUUUGAAGCUCAAGGGCAUGUCUUUGAAUAAAGAACCUUAUGAAAUAGAUGAUGGAACGGUGUUGAUUAAAAGAAAUGACAGAAUUCUAUUUCUCAUAUGUGAAACUGUCCUUGGAGUACGAGAAGGAAAUGUAGUUGAUGAAAAGUUCAAUCUCCAGGCAUUUUUUCAUCCGAUCUCAGAGAAUGUGCAAAGCAUGAUUUCUUCAGGACGAGUAGUAUAA